CAACAACAACACACACAUACACUGACACACACACUGCAAUAUUCAUCUAGAUCGACCACCCUCGUCGUGGCAACAAUGGCUUGGGCACUGGUAGGCUGGUGCUUCUUUCUGGUGGCGGCAUUUGCGGUAGGCGUCGUGGGCCAGCAUCCUCCCUACACCCCUCCUCCUUCCCACCACACCCCGCCUCCCCAGUCCCAGGUCCCCUCCUACGCCAACGGCCAACCCUACCGUGUCAACUACAACAAACCCAACCGCAUCUUCACCUGCGAAGACGACUGGGGCGAUACAUGCAUCGCGCAGUGCCCGGACCUCUGCCCCAAGUCCUGCUCCAUGUCAUGCAGCUACUGCGAGACCACAUGCAGGUGUGUGGAGUUUCCAGGCACUUCGUGUGGCGACCCUAGCUUCACCGGUGGCGACGGUGUCACCUACUACUUCCAUGGCAGGAAGGAUCAGGAUUUCUGCAUCGUCUCCGACGUCGAUCUCCACAUCAACGCGCACUUUAUCGGCAACCACAACCCCGUCAAUGGGAGGAACUUCACAUGGAUACAGGCCAUCGGUGUCACCUUCGGCGACCACCGCCUCUUUGUAGGCGCUCGCAAGGCUGUCGAGUGGGAGGAGGACGAGGACCACAUUGAGAUAACCUUCAAUGGGGAGCCCAUCAAUAUAGACACCGCCAACAAUGCCCAGUGGGUGUCCAAGGUCCAAUCCGGUCUAUCCGUGCAACGCACAGACAUUGUCAACUCCAUCAAGGUGGAUUUCGCCAAUGUGUUCAGCAUCUCGGCCAACGCCGUGCCGAUCACGGACGAGGACUCUAAGAUCCACAGCUAUGGCAAGACCGCGAAGGACAGUCUCGUGCACCUUGACCUUCGCUUCAAGUUUCAUUACCUCACCGACGUUGUCGAUGGCGUGCUCGGCCAAACCUACCGGUCUAACUACGUCAAUAAGAUGAAUGUCACAGCCAAGAUGCCCAUCAUGGGUGGCACGCCAAAGUACUUCUCAUCGGGCCUCUUCUCGACGGAUUGUGCGGUCUCCAAGUUUCAGCACAAUGGUGGCGCAAGCCAUGUUCGUGCCAUGGCUGCAUAAAUGAAGCCUCCAAGGAGAUACGCAGUCACAUACCUACUCUACCAUGGAAUAAGGCAGUGAGUGAUGCAGGCAUUUAGUGAGUGUAACGAUCUCACGAUGAUAAAUAAGCUCUAUGUGGCUAUCAUUGUAAAAUGAAUGUGCACCGUUAAUUCGGCCGUGGAUCUUGAUAACAUCCAUUUUAAGAAAAAAAUGGAGUGCAUUAACCAGUAUAGAUGCAAAUACAACAGUUUGAAGAACUUGGUUGAACGUAGGUCCCUAACUGCUAAUUAUGGCAACACAUCAAGCUUAAUUGG